CAUCUAUCUCCCAUCAUGUGUACGGUGUAUCUACGACGCGCUAGGCUGUCCUUCUAAAAAUAUAAAAUUACGCGCUCUCUCACAUUUUACUCUGUUUCUCUCUCCUCUCCCCUUCAUCCAUGGCGAUCUGAGAGAAAGGAGUGCAUGUAGAGAGAGAGAAACUGUAAUUUGCAACUGAAAUCUAGGGCAUUUCUUGGUCUCAUUCUUGCCCUACCACAGAGACAAAUUCAGAGAGAGAGAGAGAGAAGGGCAUAGAAAGUAUGGAGACAAUGUCGCCAUUAGACUCUCUCGAUUCUUUUAUCAUCUCUUCUAGCAGAGCUUUCUGUAGCCCUCUCGCCAUGUUUAUUCAGUUCCAGAAGAAUAUUGCAGGACACAUUGGAUUACAUGGGCAUGUUGCUGGUUUUUUCUUUUUAUUUACUUUAUGUCAGGGAUAUUUUAUCUGCUUAACUCUUGCUCUUGGGUGGGCUUGUGCUGCUUAUGUCAGGAGUAGAGAGAUUAGAAGGAUGAAAGAUAGUUUGAGAGGUGGCAAUAGCUUUGCAUUUAUUUCUCAUGAUAUUAAUGCGCUUGAGCAUUCUAAUCAGGUCAAUCUGCCAAGAGUGACUGUUGUAAUGCCUUUGAAAGGCUUUGGAGAGCACAAUCUACAUAAUUGGAGAAGUCAGAUCACGUCUCUAUAUGGUGGUCCUUUGGAAUUCAUUUUCGUUGUGGAAAGUACAGAAGACCCUGCUUACCAUGCCGUAAAUCGAUUAUUAGCGGAUUAUAGGGAUGAUGUUGAUGCAAAGAUAGUUGUAGCUGGUUUGUCAACAACUUGUAGUCAGAAAAUUCACAAUCAGUUGAUUGGCGUAGAGAGAAUGCACAAAGACAGCAAGUAUGUGUUAUUUCUAGAUGAUGACGUUAGGCUGCAUCCUGGGUCAAUUGGAGCUCUCACUACUGAGAUGGUAAAAAAUCCUCAGAUUUUUAUUCAAACUGGAUACCCUCUUGAUUUGCCUUCUGGAAGUUUAGGAAGUUACUGCAUAUAUGAAUAUCAUAUGCCUUGUUCGAUGGGGUUUGCUACUGGUGGGAGGACAUUCUUUUUGUGGGGAGGGUGCAUGAUGAUGCAUGCAGAUGAUUUUAGAAUUGACCGUCAUGGAGUGGUUUCAGAACUUCGGGAUGGAGGAUACUCUGACGACAUGACUCUUGCAGCUAUAGCUGGGGCUCACAAGAGGCUCAUUACAUCACCACCGGUUGCUGUUUUCCCUCACCCCCUUGCAAGUGAUCUUAGUUUCGGAAGAUACUGGAAUUACUUGAGGAAGCAAACAUUUGUUCUGGAAUCAUACACCACGAAGGUUAACUGGAUAAUGAACCGUGCAUUAUUUUCUUCCCACUGCUAUCUAUCAUGGGGAUUUGUAUCACCAUAUAUUAUGGCUGUGAUUCAUGUUGCUGCAGUAUUAAGAAUUCAUUCUAAAGGGUAUUCACUUGGGGAUGAUACUGAAUUUACUUCUCGUGGGUUGUUACUAGUAGGCGGCCUAGCCUUAUGCACUUUUGUAGAACUUCUCUCUAUGUGGAAUUUAACAAGAAUAGAAGUCCGACUAUGCAACUUGUUAUCUCCAGAGGCGCCUCCACUAUCGCUUGCUUCAUAUAACUGGUGCCUUGUAUUUAUUGCAAUGCUGGUGGAUAAUUUUUUAUACCCUAUCUCCGCAAUGCGUUCACAUUUUUCUCAGUCUAUCAAUUGGUCUGGCAUUCGGUACCACUUGAAGGAUGGGAAGAUACACCAGAUUGACAGAAGCAAGGGUAAAGGUCCAAAAUUCACAGAUUUGGGUGGAAAGCAUUUAUAUGGGAAGAAAGGUGGUCCACCUAAAGCCUCCAUGAUUGGUGUUUUGUCAAGAAGUUUGGCUCAAUGGCGCCAGCCCAAGAAAUUUGAUGUCUAGGAAUGGAGUUUAACAAACAUUAGUUUAUGAUUGUUGUGCUCCUCGAGAGGGCUGACAAAUAGCAGAAGCGUCGGUAGCAACAAUUCUCGGCGAUUAUUUAUCCCUAAAAUAGUUUUUGCUAAUUCAUCCUUUAUUGCUCUAGUGUUAUGAUUCAUUUCAUUUUUCAAUUCUCAUUCAAUCAAUUGAUUCUUGAGCUCCAACGCUCCCUUCUAGUUGAUUAGUGUAAUUUUAUUUUUAUUUUUUUAAUUUUUUUUAGAAGUUGUAGUGUAAAAUAGAGAAGUUGUGCAAUCAUUUCUUUUUUUUUGAGAAUCAGUGCAAGCAUAUUUAUUCCUUCA